AUGAUGCAAAAUAAUUCCAAGACCAGAGAGAUGUUUAUCGUUCGAGCUUUAGAAAAGAUAUUGGCUGAUCGAGAUGUCAGAAGAUCACACCUCUCGCAGCUCAGGAAGUCCUGCGAGUCUGCGCUUGAGGAUCUCCGUAACGAGAUCAAAGAUGUACCAGCUGUACAAGGUGAAGAGGUAACCUCGAAUGCUCUUCCACAACCAAAAAGUGACUCAAAUGUCAUUACAGCCGAGAAGUACUUCCUGCCGUUCGAGUUAGCAUGUCAAAGCAAGUCACCGCGUAUUGUGGUGACAGCACUGGACUGUCUGCAGAAGUUAAUAGCAUAUGGCCAUCUCACUGGCAAUGUACCUGACUCGACGGAGCCUAACAAGCUGUUGAUUGUUCGCAUUGUUGAAACAAUUUGCGGCUGCUUUACUGGUCCACAAACUGAUGAAGGUGUGCAGUUGCAGAUUAUUAAAGCUCUGCUGACAGUGAUGACAAGCCAGCAUGUAGAGGUACAUGAGGGUACAGUGCUAUUGACAAUUCGUACUGUUUAUAAUGUUUAUUUGGCAUCACGUAAUCUGGUGAAUCAGACAACAGCACGCGCAACCUUGACUCAGAUGAUCAAUGUGAUCUUCGCACGAAUGGAGACUCAGGCAGAGGAAGAUAACAUAAGAAUUGAUGGAGAGCAUCAACAGGAAGUCACUGUCAUAGUGAAUGGUGAAACUGAAACCGAAUUAAGUUCUGAGAAUGUUCCUGGUAGUGAUUCCAUUGAUUCCCAAAUAAUUGUCAGAGGUAUCCUUGAUGACGUAGUGAAAUCCGUGGUACCACUGGAAGAGGAAGUCAGUCUAGAGAAUGGCAAUCCGGAAGACAAUGGUGACGAGGCAGUUACUGAAAAUGACAACAUGGUAACUGCCAAAUUCACUCAUGUCCUGCAAAAGGAUGCGUUUCUGGUGUUUCGUGCUUUAUGCAAGCUCUCUAUGAAACCGCUGCCAGACGGCACGCCCGAUCCAAAAUCGCACGAACUCCGUUCCAAGAUCUUGUCGCUUCAGUUGCUUCUGGGAAUCCUGCAAAAUGCUGGUCCAGUACUGCGUUCCAAUGAGAUGUUUGUUAUUGCCAUUAAGCAGUAUUUGUGUGUUGCACUAUCAAAGAACGGUGUGUCUUCGGUACCAGAAGUGUUUGAAUUAUCAUUGGCAUUGUUUUUGGCGCUACUUGCGCGUUUCAAGAUGCACUUGAAGAUGCAGAUUGAGGUAUUUUUUAAGGAGAUCUUUAUGAAUAUCCUUGAGACUUCCAGCAGCUCCUUUGAGCAUAAAUGGAUGGUUAUACAUGCACUUACAAGGAUCUGUGCAGACGCUCAAAGCGUCGUUGACAUCUAUGUUAAUUACGAUUGCGAUCUUUCGGCAGCGAAUCUCUUUGAGAGGCUUGUCAACGAUCUUUCUAAGAUCGCUCAGGGUCGUCAGGCUUUAGAGCUAGGUGCAUCACCAAAUCAGGAGAAAUCUAUGCGCAUCCGUGGUCUCGAAUGCCUUGUAUCUAUUCUGAAGUGUAUGGUGGAGUGGAGUCGGGAUCUCUACGUGAAUCCCAGUGUACCAGCGGAUCAGCAACCGUUGUCAGAUUUACCAGAUACGGCGCCGGAAAUCCCAUUGCCACGUUAUGGCAGUGCUGGCAGCCUCUCAUCGGCCAAUUCCAGUUUAACUGGCAACAAGGAAAUACCGGAUUCGCCGGAGCAGUAUGAAGUUCAAAAACAACAGAAGGAAGUAUGGGAGACUGGUAUCGAGAUCUUCAGCCGAAAGCCUGGCAAAGGCGUGCAAUAUUUACAAGAACAAGGAUUACUUGGUACUUCGCAGGAAGACGUAGCCAGGUGGCUGCACUUGGAUGAGCGACUCGACAAAACCGCCAUUGGGGACUUUUUGGGUGAUCAUAAUCAUAAUCAAGUAAUGUACCAUUAUAUAGACCAAAUGAAUUUUGCCGAACGCGAUCUAGUAACUGCACUCAGAUAUUUCCUAGAGGGCUUCCGGCUGCCUGGCGAGGCACAGAAGAUCGACCGACUGAUGGAAAAGUUUGCUAGUCGCUAUUGCGAGUGUAAUCCUAAUAACGGCCUUUUUACGAGCGCGGAUACAGCCUAUAUUCUUGGCUUCUCAAUCAUAAUGCUGACCACCGAUUUGCACUCGCCACAGGUUAAGAAUAAAAUGACCAAAGAACAAUACAUUAGGCUUAAUCGGCGCAACAGUGACAAUGAGGACCUUCCUGAGGAAUAUUUGUCUAGAAUCUACGACGAAAUUGCUGGCAAUGAGAUUAAGAUGAAGUCGAAUCCUAAUAAUAGCCGGCUUGCCGGAAAACAGCUGAUUUCUAGUGAAAAGAAGCGACGGUUGUUAUGGAACAUGGAAAUGGAAGUGAUUUCUACAGCGGCGAAGAAUCUGAUGGAAUCCGUCAGUCAUGUUCAGGCACCAUUUACUACAGCGAAACAUUUGGAACACGUGCGGCCGAUGUUCAAAAUGGCUUGGACGCCAUUCCUCGCGGCCUUCAGUGUUGGACUUCAAGACUGCGACGAUCCAGAGAUUGCGUCGCUCUGUUUAGACGGUAUCAGAUGUGCCAUUCGCAUCGCCUGUAUCUUUCACAUGAGCCUUGAACGUGAUGCCUAUGUACAAGCUUUAGCGAGAUUUACUCUGUUGACGGCCAACUCCCCUAUUACCGAAAUGAAGGCGAAGAACAUUGAUACUAUCAAGACUCUUAUCACAGUAGCUCACACCGAUGGCAACUACCUGGGUAGUUCAUGGCUUGAUGUCGUCAAAUGCAUCUCCCAGCUGGAAUUGGCACAGCUGAUAGGCACUGGAGUACGGCCACAAUUGUUGGGCCCACCCAACAAUCUCAAUCUGAGCUCAUUGGAUCCUAGCGUGAAGGAGUCCAUUGGCGAAACUAGUUCGCAAAGUGUCGUCGUAGCCGUUGAUCGUAUCUUCACUGGCUCGACGAGACUCGAUGGUGACGCUAUUGUCGAAUUCGUCAAGGCUCUCUGUCAGGUAUCCCUUGAGGAAUUAGCACACCCCACGCAACCGCGCAUGUUCUCUCUUACGAAGAUCGUUGAGAUCUCGUACUAUAAUAUGGGUCGUAUUAGAUUACAGUGGUCUAGAAUUUGGCAAGUCCUCGGUGAUCAUUUUGACAGGGUAGGAUGCAGUCCUCGACAGGAUAUCGCGUUUUUCGCAGUGGAUUCUCUGAGACAGCUAGCUACCAAGUUUAUCGAAAAGGGCGAAUUUGCCAAUUUCAGAUUUCAAAAAGACUUUCUUAGACCAUUUGAGCACAUCAUGAAAAAGAACAGGUCACCUGUGAUUAGAGAUAUGGUUGUGAGAUGCGUAGCGCAGAUUGUUCACUCGCAAGCACCAAAUAUCAGGUCUGGUUGGAAGAAUAUUUUUAGCGUUUUUCACCAUGCGGCUAGCGAUCGUGAUGAAUCUGUGGUUGAGUUAGCCUUUUCCAUGACUGGCAAGAUUAUUAACGAGUUAUAUGCAGAGGACUUCAGUAUCAUGGUGGACUCUUUCCAAGACGCCGUCAAAUGUUUGAGCGAAUUUGCAUGCAACGCUUUUUUUCCGGAUACUAGCAUGGAGGCAAUUCGGCUAAUACGUUCCUGUGCUUCUUAUAUUGAUGCGAAUCCCAAUUUGUUUGCCGAGGGUAUGAUGGAUGACAGCGGAAUGGUCUCCGAGGAAGAUCGAGCUUGGGUGAGAGGGUGGUUUCCACUGCUAUUUGAAUUAUCCUGCGUUGUGAGUAGAUGUAAGUUGGAUGUCAGGACACGCGCGCUGACAGUACUGUUUGAUGUCGUCAAAACUCACGGAUCAUCCUUCAAGCCUCAUUGGUGGAAGGACCUGUUCCAGGUUCUUUUUAGGAUUUUUGAUAAUAUGAAGCUACCCGAGCAGCAUACCGAAAAAGCUGAGUGGAUGACAACAACGUGCAAUCACGCACUGUAUGCCAUUGUGGAUGUGUUCUCACAGUUUUACGAUAUCUUGGGCCCUUUGUUGCUAGAACAACUUUAUUUCCAGCUUCUCUGGUGCGUUCAGCAAGAUAACGAACAGUUGGCACGAUCAGGCACCAACUGUUUGGAGAAUCUGGUUAUUAGUAACGGCAUCAAAUUUGACGAGCAGACUUGGCAGAAAACUUGUCAAUGUGUCCUAGACAUUUUCGAAAGCACUCUACCAUCGGCGUUACUCACAUGGAAACCACAUCCACCAAACAAGGACAACAGUGCACAAAGCUUGAACAUUGAGGUCUUACCGAAGGCAAAGCUUUUCUCUGCGUUGCAAAUUAAGUGUGUGGUCCAGCUUGAGUUAAUACAAACUAUCGACAACAUUGUUUUUUAUCCGGCGACAUCGCGCAAGGAGGAUCAGGAGAAUCUAGCGCUCGCGCAAGCCGACAUGCUGAACGGCAAAUCGGCCAGCGCUGAUCAACAGAAGGAGGAGCAAGGCAUGUACUGUGCUCUGACAACCAAUCACCUCCUUCAGUUAGUAGAAUGCCUUCUACGGUCGCAUCGCUUCGCCAAGAGUUUCAAUUCGGAUCAUGAGCAGCGCAACGUGUUGUGGAAGGCCAGUUUUCGUGGCAACAUGAAACCAAAUCUGCUGAAGCAAGAGACGCAAUCGCUUGCUUGCGCAUUGCGUAUUCUCUUUAAGAUGUAUAGCGAUGAGGCACAUCGCACGGAUUGGUCCAAGAUCGAGGCGCGACUGGUUGAAGUGGCGUGUGAGGCCCUCGAAUAUUUUCUAGCGCUUGCCAACGAGGCUCAUCGCGAUGCCUGGACUCCGAUUUUACUGUUGCUGCUCACUCGAAUCAUCAAGAUGAGCGAUCAUCGCUUCGCAAUUCACGCCUCCACCUGUUAUCCCUGCCUCUGCGAGGUCAUGUGUUUUGAUCUCAAACCUGAGCUCAGAUCGAUACUGCGCAGAUUCUUCCUCAGGAUCGGGCCAGUUUUCAGAAUUACACAGCAGUAAUGAUGGAUUACCGGACAGGUAUUCAGGAUCGUCUCGAACAGGAUCGACUGAUUGGCCGCAACAUUACUCGCAAAAGAGACGAUAUUGCAUACCCAUCUCUACAGCAACAGGAUUGUAAUUAAAUGUAAAGCGCGGUUAGAUACUUUAACUCGUGUUGAAUUAUUUAUGUACGAUUCAACGACUUCCACAUAAAUUUAUAU